AUGAUUAACUCGACCUUACGAUGUUGCCGAACGGCGGUGCGUGGCAUGGCAACCGCCAGCGAGGCCUCGUCCUCCAAAGCCCAAACUUAUCCCUUUAGCGCGGCUGUCAAUUUCCCUACGUCGCCGAGCACCUCGAAUCCGACCCCCAAAAACCUUCUCCAUCCAAAGAAUGGCAAAUCCGUUGUCGAACAUGUCAAUGCCCAGCUUCUCGAAGCGUAUGACCCCGCAUCACUUCGGAAGACCCUCUUUUCCCGUCGCAAUCCUCUUCGUCUCAAACCGGGUAGCGUCAUCUCCGUCGCAUCCUAUACCGACGCUACAAAAUCGACCUCGACGGUGUUUUCGGGAGUCUUGCUGGGGAUCGGACGCAAAGGCAUCGAUACAUCGUUCACGUUGAGGAAUAUUGUCAACCGGACCGGGGUGGAGAUGAAGUUCAAGGUGCACAGUCCGAUGAUCAAGAAGAUCGAGGUCAUCAAGGAGGCCGACGGGAAGGGGCUAAAGUUGGCUAGACGGGCCAAGGUGAAUUACUUGAGGGACAAGCCUGGUGUCAUGAACCAGAUCGCUGCCGCCGUGAAGCAGACCAAGGCGUCGUCUGUCAAGGCAUGA